UCUCUGUCUGUCGGAGCAACAUGUCGGGUUAUGUGAUCUCCAAAGAUCCUAAAUAAAAGCUGUUAAAUUGGAAAUUCAGAUGCUGGUAAGCCCCGUGGACAGUGACAUGGUUUCUCAAGGGACAAAGGACAUGGAGUGACGCAAUGGCGCUCGAGCACGGCUCUAAGAAAUCAUUUUCAUGUGACCAGGGGCUCACAAGUGCUUCUCUGAAGAAUGGGGUAGGAGCUGGUGCACAAGCUGUGGCUCCACCCAUUAGGAGGACUCGGUCCUGCAAGUGUCUCGUGGCCUUCCUCAUCAUCCUCAUCAUUAUCCUCAUUGUCUCAGGGGCCACACUGGCCUGGUUCUUCCUGGAGUACAGGGUUUGGGUGUUGGAGCCUCGUGUCCAACAGGAGUACACAGCCUAUUUGUCCAUCCUCAACAGGAACUUCUCUGCUGAUUUUACCUCUCACAACAGCCCUGCAUUCAAGAAAGAGGCCAAGGGAGUAAAGACCAUGGUAGAGAGGAUAUUGAAAGGCUCAAGUCUUUCUCGAUACUUCAACUACACCACUGUCUUCGCUUUUGGGGAGGGGAGUGUUGUCGCUCACUUCUGGAUAGUGAUGUCUGUGCCGGGCAGCCAUGUUGGGAGGGUCACACUGAACAAGGUCACCGCGAGCCUGGAGGAGGGCCUCAGGGGGUACAGAAAGUCGGAGGAGGAGGAGGAGGAGACGGCCAGCGUCAAUGGAUACCUCCUCCACCUGCCUUCGCUGUCUGUCAGUGAAACCAACUCCAAAGUUAUUGAACUUUUGAAAGCUUCAUUUGACUGUUACCGCUACCAGAAGGUGGUGUCCAGAAGCCCCGUGGCUCUCCGUGGCCCCAACACACAGCGUUCCUCCUGCCUGUGGCACCUCCAGGCCGCCCCCGGCUCCCAGCUGGAGCUCCACAUGGAGUGGCUCCUGCCAGAGUGCCGGGACAGGCUGGUGGUGUACAACUCCCUCACCCCCACCGAUACUCACCUCAUCACAUCCGUGUAUGGCUGCAGCAGACACGAACGUGUGGUCAAUGUUCUGUCUUCAGGCGAGUGGAUGACGGUGGUUUGGAAACAGGGUCUCUACAACUACAAGGACCCCUUCUCUUUGUCUGCGCAGGCCUGGGACCGACAGGACUGUAACUCCUCUAUAGAGCUGAAGGCAGGACCAGGGUUCCAGGGGACACUGAGGACGCCUUUUUUCCCCAGCUACUACCCCCCUGACACCAACUGUACCUGGAGCUUCAUCAUGCCCGGUGUAGGCUUUGGCCUGUCUCUGGAGUUUGAGGGCUACGAGCUGAGCAGAGCCAGCUACAACCAACCCUGUACCCAGGGACAGUGGAUCAUCCAGAACCGCAGACUGUGCGGUACCAGGGCCCUGCACCCAUACAGCGAACGCCUCUUCCUGCUCUCAAUGACGGCAACGGUUGUCAUGACGUCCGAGGUGUCACUCACAGGACCGGGCCUUCAGCUGCACUACAGCGUCUUCAACCUGUCAGAUCCUUGCCCGGGCCAGUUUCUGUGCACUAUCAAUGGCCUGUGUGUUCCUGCCUGUGAUGGAAUUAAGGACUGUCCCAAUGGACUUGAUGAGAGGAACUGUGUUUGCGUGGCUCAGUACCAGUGUCCAGAGGACAGUCAAUGUGUGGACUACUACAAGGUGUGUGACCAACACGCGGACUGCCCUGAAGCCACAGACGAGAUGAACUGCACUAAUGGUGUGCAGUGUACAGAUAUGACCUAUGUGUGUGCUGAUGGAACGUGUCUCAAGAAGCCGAACCCAGAGUGCGACUCUGUCGCCGACUGCCCUGACGCUUCAGAUGAAAAACAAUGUGACUGCGGCCUGAGGCAGUUCUCCAGUCGUAUCGUGGGGGGGGGCAACGCCUCCGAGGGGGAGUGGCCGUGGCAGGCCAGCUUGCAGGUGCGCGGUACCCACAUCUGUGGGGGGGCCCUGAUCUCCAGCCAGUGGGUGGUGUCUGCUGCCCACUGUUUCUAUGACGACCGUCUCUACUCCCCCUCCAUGUGGACAGUCUACCUGGGUAAAAUCCUCCUCAGCCGCAGCAGUCCCACAGAGGAGGUGGCGCAAGUCCGGCGGAUCCAUCUUCACCAAUACUACGACGACGAGUCCCAUGACUACGACCUGGCCCUCCUGAAGCUGGACCGUCCGGCCUCCGUGCUGCUGGCUGGACAUGCUCGACCUGCGUGCCUGCCCCCGCCCACUCACCAACUGGAGCCGGGCCUGCUCUGCUGGGUCACCGGCUGGGGGGCUCUCCGUGAGGGGGGCAGUGCCAGCGCCGUGCUACAGAAGGUGGAUGUUCGCCUGGUCAGUGAGGAAGCCUGUGUUCGCUCCUACGGCCACCUGGUCACUCCCAGAAUGCUUUGCGCCGGCUACCGCAGUGGAGAGAAGGAUGCCUGCCAGGGAGACUCUGGUGGCCCCCUGGUUUGCCAGGAGCCGUCGGGUCGCUGGUUCCUGGCCGGGGUGGUGAGCUGGGGCAAAGGCUGCGGGCGUCCAGACUACUAUGGUGUCUACACUCGCAUCACCAGACUCACCGACUGGAUCAAGCAGGUCAUCAGCACCCCCUGAGUCAUUUAAGAUCCGCAUCAUCCUUACAUCAAUAUCCUCAUCACCCCGGUGCAAACUUUUCUAAAGCAUUAUCCACAUGAGGAUAAAAAGCAAUGGCAGAUGAUUCGAAAUUGCUUUUCAGCCAAACAGCAAAGCGGUAAAAUUUGAAAGGCUUUAUUCUAAAAAGUCAUAAAGUGAUAAAGUAAAUUAUAUUUAUGUGGCACUUUUCAGUACUGAUAUUAUAAAGUGUUUAAAGUAAAAAAAGCAUACAGUAAAAAUAAAAAUGCCAAAAUAGCAGAAACAAAAUAAAAUGUUAGUAAAAAUGAUAAUAGGACUCAAAGAAAAGAACUGAGCUCUUUGUUUUUAGAAAUGAUUAAGAAAAGAUCAAUUUUCAGAAGUGAUUUAAAUAUAAUGAUAGUGCACAAGGAAAGCAAAGUUUGAGGUACUUUGCAAAAGUUUAAGUAAUCCUAUGUCUGAUUAUUUACUCUUACAGACCGAAUUAUCUAUGUUUUAAGAUAUUGAACUUAAGCAUUUUCCCCCUAUAAUAAAACACGCGUCUGUUUUAUAAUCAUGUCUGCAAUGUACUGUGUUUGUUGGCAUGUUUGGCUCGAAGUGAAUGUGAAAUAUAACAAGACGAGUCUACGGCCAUGCUAAUGGCUAAAUGCUAAUGUUAGCACGCUAACAUGUUCAAAAUGACAAUGUUAACAUGCUGAAGUUUCACAGGUGUUAUAUGUUUACCGUUUUCCCCAUCUUCGUUUAUCACGUUAGCGUACUAACAGUUUCUAAUUAGCACUAAACACAAAGUGCAGCUAAGGCUGCUGGGAAUGUCACUAGUUUUGGAGUAUUGAAAUAAUAAUUGAAAUGGCACAAGGUCAUGGUAAUGACACUAGAUGAAAACUUAAGGGAUCAUCAAAGUUAUUACAGUUUAGCCUGGCAUCGAUGUAUAUAUCAAAUGUCAUGGCGAUCCAGCCAACAAUUGCUGAGAUGUGUCGCUAAAAACCACAAAUUUCAUGGUGCCAUUAGAGGAAAAGUCAGGGAUCACCAAAGUCAGUAGGGUGCAUCAUCUGGCGACUAUGAAUCUCUGUACCAAAUUUUGUGCCGGUAAAUUCAGUAGCUUUUAAGGAAUUUCAGAGAAUAAGGGGAAAAGUCGACCUGCUGGUAGCACUAUGGGAAAAGUCAAGGGCUCAUCACAGUCAGUAAGAUGCAUCCCCCGGAGGACAAUAUGUCACAAUAAAAUUUCAUGGCAAUCUUAUCCAGUAGUUGUCGAGCUAUUUCACGCUGUAUCAAAGUUCUGGACCCACCUACUGAGUGCCAUGCUGCAUGCAUGUUCAAAAACCAGUCCAUUUACACAGUGUAUGAGUCUCUAACUGCCACCUCCCUUUUGUGGAAAAAUACAUGCACCUGCAGCCGAGGUAAUACUUCAUCCUCUGGCAUCUGAUUUCACAAGAUACCUUUGCAGGUUUGCAGGUGUAAGGUUUAAUGUUCUCUUUCACAAGCCGCUUUUCAGAGGGAAAGUGGCUAUUUUUGGGGUCUAUGAAUCACUGCGUCCAAGGAGAGGCAAUUUUUCUUUUCAGCUGAUUUUAUUACCAACAACAACAACAAUAUUCUUAAAGGGACUGGGAGCAGGUGCCAGAGCUUGGCAUCCCUCCCUGUGGCUGGAUGCACAUGAGUCAUUGUGAUUUGCAACCAAAACUGGGACAAAGGCGAUUUGCUCUUGGAUGUCUGAUUAGAUUCUAGUGGAUGAAGGGCAGACAAACUCUAUCUAACUAGCUAUCUAUCUAUCUAUCUAUCCAUCUACCUUCCUACAUAACGUCCCCCCCAAUCUUCCCUGUUCUCAUUUGUGGUUAUUAACUUCUCCUCUCUCCUGCUCAUCUUUUUCAGUCUGGAAAUCAGCCCCUAUCCUGGGGGGAUGUUUCAAUAUUUGGAAGAUCCCAUUUUCAGUGUAAUUGAUAUUUUAUAGGCUGUAAACCAUAAUGACAGUUGUGCUCUAUGAAGCAUAACCACAGUGCAAAAACUGGCCUCUGGAGGCCAAAGACACCAUCCAUCAUGGCAGUUGCCCACACAGUAAUGUUCAAUACUUAAAUUACCUUUUCUAUGGAGAGUGUUUUGAAGCACAUUGUGACUGACAUUUAGAUUCUUAAAUAGCUGAUGUUUUCUUAAACAUCCAAAGGAUUGAAUGGCAUCACAUUAAAGGAAUUCUGGGUCUUGAAGUUCAAAUAGCUUCUUCACUGUGGCCACCAUUAGGGGGUGCCAAUGAGCACAAAUGGUGAGUGUGCAUUAAUGGAACCACAUAGGUUAAAUGUGGUCUUCUUUGACCCAGGUGGGACUUGAACCCACAAUCCCCAGCUCCGGAGGCUGAUGCCUUAUCCAUUAGGCCACUGGGCCGACAAACUUGGAUGUCAAAACAAUAAAAUAUGAGUAGAAACAUUGUCAGACAAGACGUUCAAGGUGCCAAAAGAACUGCCCAGUUUUGAUGUCUGCAAAUGUAAUCCAGUCCACAGAAAUAUAAAAAGAAUAAGACUGUUUUAGGCGGUUUUCAUCUAUGAUUCCGAGUCAAUUGUUGGUGCUUUUGUUUUAGAGAUGUCAAGGGUUUACCAAACUGGUCCACUGAGCUGAAGUUGUGGGGUUUACUGAAAAAAAGAAAAACAUUUUGGCUCUCUCAGCCUCCCAGGCGACGUCACACACAUAUCCCAAGAGGUCUUACAAAAGGUCCUGGUAUCUGUUUCAUAAAUAUCAUAAACAUUCUUUCCUUGGGAGGUGAAAGGAAGUGGUGCAGUGUCUCGGUUUGUUUUCCUGCAUCAUGAGCUGUUUCCCACACAGCCCUGGAGGAGUUGGGUUUUUUAAGAUCACUGACUGAGAGUCUGUUACAGUGCAGAGGAGAGUGCCAGACCGAAGCUGUAUACAGACGUUGAUUGAGUUACAGUUUCAGUGAUGUAUACAAACUAUUCAAACAUAUAUACUCUGGGUCAACCAGUAUAUUUAUAAGGAAAAUGUAUGCAGCCUAAGGUAGAAGCGUGAUUAACAAAAUCGUGCAGAGGAGGGAACCAGACGGAAAAGGCUGGCAGACUUGGCGUGGAAUGGUGAUUAAAUUAUGGACAUCGGACCUCUCGCUGCUGUUAUGUUUUGCUUUCCCUAUGAAAACAGUUAGCAGGACAGAUGGAGCAGACUUCAUUUCAGCCAACAGAACACGAUAAUGUAUGUCUUGUCUUUACUCAAAUCUUAUUAGAAAGGGACCACAAUAUUUACAUUCAGUAUGACUGAACAUGCAACAUUGGAACAUCAUCAUCCACAUGAAAAUGCAUUUUUAGGAAUCUAGAGCCCUUUCAGAGCCCUAUUUACCGAACUUUUGUUUGUUUGCCAGAGUGAAACAAAUUUAAACCAAAGAACAACAAAACACAUGUGCAGGAGGGAUUUUUGCAUUAAAUUUCACAAAAUCUUUGUUUUGUUAGCAUGACUAGAUAUUGUUACAGAACCAAAUCAAAUACCAAUAAUCUAAAUUAAGGAGAAAAUCCUAAAAAUUGACAUCAGGGCUUGCAGCUGACUCCAACAAUGGACAAUAAUAAUCAUGCAUUGUUUUUGAGAUGAUUAUUAGUGUAAACUGAAAAAGCUGAAGAUAACUUGGAAGCUUUGAAUGGCUGGAAUCCAUUUCUCUUCCAUUUUUAACCAGCAUAACUGUUGCAUGUGAAACAAAAAAAUCAUUUCAGUAGGGAAACUAGGAAGAGCGGAGAAGUGAGUGCCCGCUGAAGCUGAAGGUUGAUGUUUGGAAAAAAACAAGCCGUGACCAACUUUUCUUGGCUAGAGACACUGAUGACUGUUCUCAGAUGUUUUUCUCUGGUCAGUCAGCUGUUUGGGAAAUGAGUGGACAUGAGGUGACUUACUGGUUGCAACUUAAGUAUGGUGUAAAACGCUCUCUCUCUCUUUAGACAUGAGAGGUAUCAAACAUCCACAUUUAGUGAAGAAGUAAUGUACCACCAUGAUUAUGCACUUGAUUGAUAGCCAAGGGUUUUGCCAAUGAAUCCGUUAUAAGUUAACAUGGACACAUCGCAUAGUAUUUACCUAAUGCUGUACAGCACAGGCAGGACCCACAAGCCCCAGCACCAGAGGCUGAUGCCUUAUCCUCCAGGCCUCUGGUCCCCUGAAGAAAAACCAAUUUAGCAUAAGCACAUAGAUGUAGGGGUCAAUGGACAGAAACAGUUAUCGAUUACGUUGUUAUGUCAAUUGAUUUUGGGUUCGAGAACAAGGCUAAUGAUCCUGAAAUACUGCGUCUUGGAGCUUUUUGAUUGCUCCUGUCAUCUUUGGAGAAACGCUCGGAAAAGUACGAAGAAGUACUUUAAGGAGCUCUGUGAAGUGUGCUAAUAUUAGCGAGCCUAACACAUAUCAAGCCAACACUUGCACUUCUUGCUGAGAAAGCAUCUCUCUAAACCUGAUCAGCGGCAGUAUGGAUAAAGUGAAGAUGAUGAACCUUGUAGCACUGCUGCCUUGGAUCCUGUGCUCUGCUUGGAUUUCACAACUCACUGCUGCGCCCAAAAUUAUAUCAGUUUCAAGUUUGACCUUUUUUGUCAGGGAACUUUUAAUACGCAAUUAAUGAGACAGUAAUGUGUAUGGAAAUGUGCAGAGAUAAAUUUAUGUGUUAUCAUAGAGGCCCUAGAUUGGGGGGGACUCAGAGGCGGCCUCGCAGUCUGAAAAGGGAUGUAACACUUUAUGAUUGAAACCAUAUGCUGGUGACGUGUCCUAGGGAGGACCACGGCCUUAUUUAAGAGUCAGUGGUCAAGGCUGAUUUUCAGAGUGG